AUGGUGCUGCAAGCGGCGCGGAGCUUAAGGGCCGCGGCCUGCAGCCUGCGCGCGCUCUCGGCGCCGUGCCCCCCGCGGCUCUGGGGGCCCGGGCCGGGCGCUGUGCGGACGCUGCGCAUGGGCCGCGCUGUGCUCUCGGUGCGUAAAUUCACAGACAAACACGAAUGGGUAACAACAGACAAUGGUAUUGGAACAGUAGGAAUCAGCAGUUUUGCACAGGAAGCUUUGGGAGAUGUGGUUUACUGUAGUCUUCCUGAAGUUGGGACAAAGUUGAACAAACAAGAUGAGUUUGGUGCCUUGGAAAGUGUGAAAGCUGCUAGUGAACUCUAUUCUCCUUUAUCAGGAGAAGUAACAGAAAUUAACGAAGCUCUUACAGAAAAUCCAGGACUUGUUAACAAAUCUUGUUAUGAAGAUGGUUGGCUCAUCAAGAUGACACUGAGUAAUCCAUCAGAACUUGAUGAACUGAUGAGUGAAGAAGCAUAUGGGAAAUACAUAAAAUCUAUUGAAGAAGAGAGUGAAGAUGGAACCCCUAAAUAA